AUGUUUAUCUAUAAUCUGUUUGGAAGACGCAUUAGUUUAGAAGAAGCGUCUAAUUUACAAAAAUCAAAAUAUGAUCAGUAUUUCCAUCAUAGAAUAUCUUCAUCAAAAUCCAAUAUAGAUGUGAAACAUUCUAAUCUUCAAGUGAAUUCACCAUGGGAUUAUGAAUUACAAAGAUAUUUAAUACAAGGUGGACGUCAAUUAUUAACGCCUAAAAGAUCACGCCAUUGUAAACGUGAUAUACAAAGUGCUGGUUCACGUUUAUUACAAGAAUAUAAAAUAAAACAAAGUGAAUAUGAACAAGAUAUGGAACAGAAACAUGAUACUUCUCAUCAUGUUAAUAAACCUGCUAAUGAUGAUGAUGAUGGCAAUGGUGACGUUGAUGGUGAUGAUGAAGUUUGGAACAUUGAAUUCAAUGCAAAAGAUUAUUCGUCUAAAAAACAUUCCUUAUCAGCUGAUGUUAAUACGUUACAUAGAAAGGAUAAUAUGAAAUCAUACAAUUUACGUAUAACACUCAAUGAUAUCAUACAAAAAAUUGAAGAUAAUCAAGGUAUGAACAUUGAUACAUUCAAUUAUUUAAAUGAUGACAAUAAACUGAAUAAAAGUAAAGAGGAUAUUCGUUCUUCAUCACCGUUAUCCAAUUCUACUUCAUCAUGUCAUGCUCUGUUACAUUCAAGUCUUCAUACAAAGACAUCACCAACAUCAUCAUCGUCAUCUUCAACACCAACAUUUCCUUCCUCUUCAUUCAAUGAAAUUCCUAAUGAUUCUAAUGAUGAAAUCGAUAUGUCUAAUGAAUUCAAAUUACAUUCGAUGAAAAAGAUACGGCCUAUAAAUCUAUUUAAACGGAUUAUUAUCGCUGGUCUACUACUACGUGCAACAUUGAAUCUUAUCAGACCAAUACAAGAAUUGAAAGAUGCUAAAUUACGUAGUAAAAGUGCUCAAACGUUUGUUGAACUUCAAAAGAAUAUUGAAGUGAAAUUAAAUAUUGAUCAUUUAGGAUUUGAUAAAUAUGCUUACAAAAUCAAUCGUGAAAAAUAUCUUACAUAUGAUGCAGUGAAAAUACUCACUUUACCAAGUAAAUAUCGUACAGAAUCAAUGAUUCAUUCAGCGACUGUAUCUGUUAUUGCUACAACAGAAGCAUUCAGUGAAUUCCCAAUUGCUAUGCAAAAAGCAAUUAUAGAAAAAGCAUGGUAUGAAAAAUAUGAAGCGAGACGAAUGAUAAUUCGACAAGGCCAACCACCAUUAAAUUUCUACUUCAUCAUUUCAGGUUCUGUGGUUGUUAGUGUAUCAAGAAAAAAUAAACAAACAGGAGAACCUUAUGAAGAGACUGUAGCUUUUUUAAAAGCUGGACAAAGUUUUGGAGAAUUAGCUUUAAUUUAUGGUGGUAAACGUAGUGCAACUAUUAUAUGUAAAACAUCCGUCGAACUAUUAGUUAUGUCACAUGAUGAAUUUAAUAAAAUCUUUAUGCAAAAUACUCAACAUCAUGAAGCGGAGCAUAUAACCUUUUUACGUACUAUCCCAUUGAUACCAAACCAAAUUGUAAAUCAUUUAAAUGGUGUGGAUAGUUCCAUUUUAUUAUUUACAUUUUUUAGACGUAAUGUAACCAUCUGUAUUGAUAGUAAUCAAAGUAAUUGGAUUUAUAUUGUUAAAACAGGACAAUGUAGAAUUCUUAAAGAUGUUGAAUUAAAACCGAAACAUUUAAAGUCAACAGUUAAAACGCAUAGACCUAAAACUGAAUUCCAGUAUUAUUUUAAUUCGUCCAAACACCAUGAGAAAUCAAAAUUGAAUACUCAAAAUUCAUCUAAGAAAUCAGAUAAUAAAAAUGUUAAAAUAUUUAUAGAAUUGAAAAUAUUGGAACCAAAUAGUGUAUUUGGUCUAGAAUCUAUUGCAUUUGAACCAUUCGGUGGUACAACAUCCGUUUCAUUAGUAUCCGAUGGAGCAGAAUGUGUUGCAAUUAAUAAAAAAUUCUUUAUUGAACAUUGUCCAACAAAUUUUUUAAAUUGGUUACGAUCUAAAGUCCAACCGUUUCCUAGUGUUGAAGAGUUGGAAUCAAAAUUGAAUACUUAUCGAGAGUGGAAAAUUUAUCGUAAUCAUGUAGUUCGGGACAGCACUUCUGGUACUACAUGA